AUGGAAAUUGCCCAUUUGAUAGAUCUUGAUGAACUUGAAACCAGCCGAGGAGCUAAUCAGAUUGGUACCUUGCAACGACCUGGAAAUACUCGUUGGAGCUCCCAUUUUGAUUUUAAUUGUAGUUUGAUAAGGUUAUUUGGUCCAACAUGUUCAGUUCUUGAAAACAUCAUUGAAGAUGGAUAUAAUUACAAGAGUCAGGGAGAUGCUGAUACUACUUUUAAUACUCUUAGAUCAUUUCAGUUUGUGUUUAUUUUGCAUUUGAUAAAAGAUAUCAUGGGAGUAACUAACAUCCUUUGUCGAGCUUUACAACAAAAAUCUCAAGACAUAGUAAAUGUUAUGCAAUUGGUUUCGAGUACAAGACAAAUCAUUCUGAAAUUGAGAGAAAAUGGUUGGAACAACUUACUUGAUAUUGUUAAAUCAUUUUAUGAGUGCCACAACAUUGAUGUGCCUGAUUUGAGUGUUCCUUAUACCAAAAAAAUUAAGAGCCAGUUACGUCACCCACAAGAGAAUAUUAUACUUGAGCACCUCUUUCGGAUUGAUAUAUUUUAUGGCAUAAUUGAUGCACAAUUACAGGAGUUGAAUAACAGAUUUAGUGAAAAGGCAAUGAAACUUGUUACUCUCAGAUCAGCUUUGGAUCCUAGAGAUGGUUACAAGUUCUUUAACAUUGAAAACAUUUGCAUGCUUGUAGAUGAAUUUUAUCCUCAAGAUUUUACGGACCAACAGAGGAUUAUUUUGACAUUCCAAUUGCAACAUUAUGAGGUUGAAGUGCAUGUUCAUUCAUAUUUGAAAAAUAUGUCAACAAUUUUUGAAUUAUGUAGAGGAUUAGUGGAAACAAAGAAGUCAAAAAUCUACUAG